UAUCCCGUGCCUCCCCCCCACUACCACCACCCCCCAUACGAGGCAUGUCUUCCCCACACCACUCCUGCUUCCUCGCAUGAAUUGACCGCGCCGUCGACUCUUCCCGGAUAAGAAGCAGGCUGCUUCACCGUAGUGAGCCGCGGUGUUUGUCCGGCUCCACCGCAGCGCCGCCCGGGCAGCUGUGCCCUCUGCUCCCGAAGGCAGCCCCCGUCAUGACCCCCCCUUUACUGCCGAUAUUCACUAAAUGGGAUUCGUGGCCGGCUCGAGGUUUCCACAGCAACUGGCCAUCCGCUUCCAUUAUUCCUCUAAUGAGGACAGCCAUCGGGAUUUAACACAGUGCCUCGCUGCGCGUCUUUGAUUUUUUUUAUUUUUUGGUGGUGGUCGGGGGGGGGGGGGGUGGUCUGAAUCUUCAGACGCGUCUAAGGUCUGCAUAUGGGGGCGGGCAAGAGCAAGCCCAAGGAGCCGGGCCAGCGCUCCAUGAGCCUGGACGGCACCAUCGGCACAGGCUCCGACAGCGGCCACUUCCGCCACCUGGGACCCGCCCAGCAGACUCAAACACCCAACAGGAGCCCUGCCGUCGGCACAGGCAGGCGUGGGCACCAAGGGCAGCACCAGCUCGCCCCGACAAACACUCCUGAGCUGGCGCUGUUUGGAGGGGUGGACCACACGGGCACCAUCACCUCGCCUCAUAGAGGAGGUAUCACCACAUUUGUGGCGCUGUAUGACUAUGAGUCACGGACAGCGUCUGAUCUGACCUUUAGGAAAGGGGACAGGCUGCAGAUUGUCAACAACACGAAAAAGUACAGCUUCAGAGAAGGGGACUGGUGGCUUGCGCGCUCCCUGACGACAGGAGAGAGUGGUUAUAUCCCCAGCAACUAUGUGGCUCCGUCCGACUCCAUCCAAGCAGAAGAGUGGUAUUUUGGGAAGAUCACUCGGCGCGACUCCGAGAGGCUCCUUUUGAACUUACAGAACCGACGAGGAACCUUCUUGGUGAGGGAGAGCGAGACCACCAAAGGGGCAUAUUGCCUGUCAGUGCUGGAUUAUGACAACACCAAAGGCCUGAAUGUUAAACAUUACAAGAUCAGGAAGCUGGAUAGCGGAGGUUUCUACAUCACCUCCCGCACCCAGUUCAGCAGCCUACAGCAGCUAGUCUUCCACUACCGCAAGCACUCUGAUGGGCUGUGCCACGCUCUAUCGGACGUGUGUCCUGUGGCCAAACCUCAGACCCAGGGACUGGCCAGGGACGCCUGGGAGAUCCCCCGAGAGUCCCUCCGCCUCGACCUUAAACUGGGACAGGGCUGCUUCGGAGAGGUCUGGAUGGGCACAUGGAACGGUACAACACGAGUAGCCAUUAAGACCCUAAAGCCCGGCACCAUGUCUCCAGAGGCCUUUCUUCAGGAAGCUCAGGUCAUGAAGAAGCUCAGGCACGAGAAGCUGGUCCAGCUGUACGCUGUUGUGUCUGAGGAACCCAUCUACAUUGUAACAGAAUACAUGAGCCAAGGCAGCUUACUGGACUUCCUUAAAGGAGAAGCAGGAAAGAUGCUUCGUCUUCCUCAGCUAGUAGACAUGGCUGCUCAGAUUGCAGCAGGCAUGGCCUACGUGGAGAGGAUGAACUACGUCCACAGAGACCUGCGCGCUGCCAACAUCCUGGUGGGAGACAACCUGGUGUGCAAAGUUGCUGACUUUGGUCUGGCAAGACUCAUUGAAGACAACGAGUACACUGCGAGACAGGGAGCUAAGUUCCCAAUCAAAUGGACGGCACCGGAGGCAGCUCUGUACGGCCGUUUCACCAUCAAGUCAGACGUCUGGUCCUUCGGUGUGCUGCUCACAGAGCUGGCAACUAAAGGCAGAGUCCCCUAUCCAGGUAUGGUGAACCGCGAGGUGCUGGACCAGGUGGAGCGCGGCUACAGGAUGCCCUGCCCAGCAGAGUGCCCCAGCUCUUUGCACGAGCUCAUGCUCUCCUGCUGGAGGAAGGACCCAGAAGAGAGGCCUACGUUUGAGUACCUGCAGGGCUUCCUAGAGGACUACUUCACCUCCACAGAACCCCAGUAUCAGCCUGGGGAGAACCUAUAGAACCACACGCUGAACCGAACCCGGGGUGAGAACAUCAACACAGAACGGCCUGCACUAACCGACCUCAGAGGAGCGCCUGUGAAACUCAACUGGGAGAAACUUGAGAUUCUUCUGCGGAAGCAAAAAACGAGAUAGAAACCUGCAGAAGUCCCAUCAUGUGCCAUAAAGAACCUGUUACAGAAGAACCCGAAGAACCUCCUUUCUGCAAGCACUCACUGUUUACUGAAGGUUUUCCUGCUGAAGUGAGGUUCAAAGGCUCUGAAGGAGAACUCCUAGUGGAUGGACUCUGGCUCUGAUUUUAUGUGUUUUUGAGAGGUGCGACUGAUGUGGGAGGAGCCAAAUCAGGAUCUACAGACGGAGCGAGGGGGAAAAGAAUAAACCUUUUGCCGAAGAGAGAAGGUCAAGGGAGGAUAUUUCGAGCAUCAGCUGUUUAGCAAAACCUCCCUCUUUCCCCUCUUCUGUUGUGUGUCUUUACCCUCGCCUGGUACAUUUUUCCGCCCACAGAAGAGCACUGCCACUGUGGCUCAGGUGCCAAAGGAAAGUCUGUCUCCCUUAACGUCCUUUUAUCUCCCCUCAGCCUCCCUCCUCUUUCUCUAUUUCUGACUUUCAGUAUCUCCCUCCAGUUCUCUCAAGUGCUGCUUCUUCAAAGUGUCUCCAAAUAACUCAGCUCUGGAACUCUACGUUGCAUCUUUAUUUAUGUUUACUUGGAUAAUAUGCGUACUGUGGUUUAAGGUUUUGUUCAGUGGCGGACAAAAAACAGUUUUUCUCUGAUUUCUCUUUUUCUGGUAGUGCAAAAAGUGUUCCUGGUAGUGCCAGGGUAAAUGUACUCAACAGGCAGGUUCUGUAACACUGGAAGUUAGGUCAAUUGAGUUGAAAUGUCUCUUUUCUUGCUGUAUAGCCUGACACACGCUGAACGGCCAUAGCGGCCAGCUGGAUCCACUCUUGACAAUUAAAAAUGAUUUUGAUGCAGGUAGUGUUUGAAUGCUUGUUUGUUUUUUUUACCUUGAUUUAACUGAAAAGUUGCAUUGACAAUACUCAUCACUGUAACGUUGGCACUAAAGAGCAGUUUUGAUAGUCUAAAGCUCAUUUCCUCUGAGGCAUAAAUGGGGUAACUCUCAUCAAACAUUUAUGUGACCUACUAAGAAGCUGAUAUGGCAACCAAUCAUGUUUAAUAUUCAACUCAGCCCAAGAUGGGAAGACCCAGAGUGUAAAAGUGUGCCAAACAAAUCACAUUUCUUUACUGCGAUCCAUGUAUAUAAUGUUUUAUCAUCAAGGGGCCUACUUGGGGGGGUUAGUCUAGUUCUGUUGACUUAAAUUUAACAAUGAAACUCUGCAUCAUUUCCCCAGUAAAUGUCAUGCUAGUGAGUAAACCUGUCAAGGAUUCAAACGGUUUUCACUCACUUCGCAGCUCUUGUAUCCUUAACGAUAUGCAACAAGGCGGCCCUAAUGAAACUAACACUUAGAUCAGGUAACUCUAAUACAACUGUGUUGAUGACUUCACUAUAAGAGUUGAUUUUAAAACCAGUUUGCAUGCUUUUGUGCCGUUCUUCUCUUGACCAUUGGCUGGGUUUGUAUUUAUGCUGUACUGUACAUCAACAUGUGUAUGUUUACUUUACUCCAGGUCUAUGAGGUGACGGGAUCAUAAACGGACUUCUGAACAUUUGUGCCAUCAACCUAUAAUUCAAGUUUUUUUUCUUUUUUUUUUAUAUCUAUAUAUCUUACCCACUGCUGCCACUUCUCACUGUCAUUCUGUACAUACUGUAGCUCUCAUACUGUAGGGUUGGUUUUGUAUCAUGUAAGCCACUUUCAGAUGGCAGGUAUUUAUGUUGGGUGUCACACAUUUCACAGUGGUUUAGUUUAUGACUUAGUAGAUAUAAAGUUAUAGCUUGUUGCCAACAAACAUGAUGAAACCAGUUAUCAAAAUAUGAGCCAUGCAGCAAUAAGAGAUGGUCCGUGCCCUCUGAAACCAUUAAAUUGUUAUGCGCUGAUUAUGAAUCUUGACGGCUAAUUUAAUCAAUGAUGUGGACGAUUCUGACGUUAAAAAGGAGUUUGGGGUUGUGAUAUGACAUGAACAAUGAGGUCAAAGAUGUAAAUAGUAUCUGUGACGAUCAUGUAAUUUGUUUUUGUAUAAUUUUUCUUCAACUGUGCCUCCACGUUGAGGUUUUUACAGUGACGCACGCCUACUCCCGAAAUGUUUUAAAAAUAACAUGCUACUGUAAAUGGGGCUUAAGGAAUGUUUUCUUUUUUAAUAUUGGACUUAUUUAUGCACAAGACAACUUAAAAUUGGGCAUAACAAAUGUAUAUUUCUGAGAACAUCUUAUCAGUGCUUUCCUCUUUAAGAAUUGGUAAUCCCCUGUUUUGUUCUGACGCACUGAACCGCCUGAGAGUCACAGACAAUGUGGAAGUGGAUGGACUCAUGACUAAUAUGAGUAACACCAAUGUCUGAUUGGCUUUUCUGUGCCAUAUUAAAGAAGUGUCUGUGUUUUGUUUUUUUUAAAACAUGUUUUUAUGAAUCUAUGCAGUUUCGGUCUGGCAUUCCUGCAACUUCAUGGUUAUUUUGUUCUAAAGUCAAAAACAAGGAUUGUAAAUAAGAAGGUGUGAGCAUUUUGUAAGGACUUCUUUUUGUCUUUUGUUUCUGAUGUAACAGGAUUGAAAUGGGUAUCGUGCCACUUUAUGUUGAUCUUUAAAUGUGCAAUAAAUUAUAUUUCAAAUGUG